GUUGAUAAAUCAGUUAACUGUACUAAAUUUGGGUAUGUGGUUGGAGAAACGGUACAACAAUUUGUAAUGUAAAUGCAAAAAUUGUUGUAGCAAAUAAUUAGUGAUAGUAAUGGGAACUUUCCUAUUGCUUUCUCCAAGACAAAACGUAAAAACAUCUCAGAUCAAUAGAAAAAGUAGGUUCUUGGAGGUGGUGAACGUCGCGCAAAAUAUUUGUUGCGCAAUUUCGGAAUUUCGUCGAGUUAAUUGAACAAACAAUGGCGCGUUUAGUUAGGAUAUUAACCUUUUAAAAUCGUCGUGUUUUUCAACAAUAAUCUUAACAUUUUACUGCAAAGCUAUCUGGGCAACCAUGAACUUUACUUGUAAAUAUGAUAUUUAUGCAGUUGCAAUAUCCCUAACCUAUGUCAACGUAAUCUCGUAGUUCUGUUAUUUUUUGAUGACAUUGGCCGCUUGGUUCUCCUCAAGUUUAUUUUGCGUGAUAAGUUGUUAAAAACAUUUAGAAUUCGGAUCGAUACGUCUGACUUUCAUUUAAAAUCAUUAGAAUUAUCCUUUGUCAGUCAAUGACUAAUUGUUUUGCGCCGAAAAUCAUCGGGGAAUUACACGAAUCAUCAUUGCACCGGAAUUGCGUAACGUUGAUGCGGUCCCAAAUAUUAAGACACGAGAGGGCACGAGCAAGUUACGUAACUUACGAAGGUGACCUGUCACUGCUCUGAUUGGUGACUCACUGAGGGUGUUGUCCUCCGUAGCCCCCACCACCCCCUCCUUAACCCGUCGCGACUGAUCAUGAUCAGCACGCGGCCACUGUCAAAGUGUAGUCAGUUUCGGAACGCUUACUGUUCAGUUCUCGCCAGUUGCACUUAGAGUACAGACGUAGUUGAGUGUCGCUACUGUUUGUGUAUUGUUAUUGUUCAAUAGUGAUUUUUUAACAACGAAACUAAACAAAUCCAGGGACUUUACACGUCAACAAUUGAUAGUUGAUGUAUUAAAGCAGCGUAUAAUGGUUGCCGAAUUCGUGGGCCGAGGUCAAAGUGGAUCUCCAGUAAAUGGUGAAAUUCCACAACUAAACUCAAAUAUGCCUGCCAGCCACGGACGGGAGCUCCUCUCAUCGUCGUCGUCUCCCGGUGCCGACUCCUUCCCUCCCGGCUACAACAUGAAUCCUGUCAAACACAAAGAACUCUUCUCCCAACGGAAACAACGCGAAUUCACCCCCGACAGCAAGAAGGACGACAGCUAUUGGGACCGUCGGCGUCGAAAUAACGAAGCCGCGAAACGUUCCCGUGAAAAACGCCGCUUCAACGAUAUGGUCCUCGAACAACGCGUUGUUGAACUAACUAAAGAAAACGCCAUUUUGAAGGCCCAGUUAGAAGCCAUCAAGGAAGAGUACGGGAUCUGUGGGGAAAACGUCGUUUGCGUCGAGAAAGUCCUCGCAAAUCUCCCCACAAACGAGCAAGUACUUAGUCUUACAAAACGUCAAAAACUCACACAUUCGGCAAAUCCUCUCCUUUUCAACCCUCAUAGUCCAAUCCCGACCCCGGUGAUCCACCAACCGGUGUUGGGGUCGCCUCCACCACAGCCCCUCCCGCUUCUGCACCCGCCCGCGUCGCACCAUGAACCGCCCUAUAGAGACCACCAUCCCGAGGCGUACCCCUAUCCCUACCCCAACUACCAUCCCACUGUCCACUACGACUCCAACGAUGCCCUCAAUCUCUCGGCGCGGUCCCGAUCACGAGGCCAGAGUCCGUUUGAAGUUUCGAGUAAUUCGGGGGACGAGAGCGCCCCCGUGGCUCUUACCUCUGAAGCCAACAACAGUCUCCCGUUGAAGUUGCGUCAUAAGUCGCAUUUGGGUGAUAAAGACGCCGCCAAUACGCUUCUCUCGCUCCAGAAUAUUAAACAGGAACCGGGGCCACGUGCUAGUCCUCCUUGGGACGCCGAAGGCUCGAGUGAUGAACGCGAUUCAGGGAUCUCUUUGGGGGCGGAAUGGUCGACGCAAGCGGCGCAAGCUGCCGCCACUUUGCAGACUCUUAAACAGUCGCAUCUUCAGGCUAUCCAGGAGGCUGCUGGGGGCGACGCCGAAGCCAAGCAUAGAAUCCACUCGGAAAUUGUGAGGUUAUCAUCCGAGGUGGAGCAUCUCAAGUCGAUGAUGAUCGGCAAGGAGAAGGAACCGAGACAUUAGUUUGAUGAUGGGGCUUUGCCCCAGUGCUCGUCGUGCGCGUACUUGUGAUGGAUCGGACAUAUCAACGCUCCGCCGGGGGCUAUUUAUUCUAGUGUUUAAGUAUUUAUUCAUUUUUUGUGAGUUUGGAGUCCUCUCCACUUGCACAAAUCUGUAUCUUAGUGGACUUGCUUUCAUUUUGCCGAUAUAUUCCUACGAGUUUAUUUAACAUAAUCUUAUUGUAACGCAUUGUUGGCGCGCUUUAUCGCUCUAUAUUCUACCAAUGGUUUCAUUUUCUCCUCAUCUCAUAGGGAUUUAUUGUACCUUUUUAUUUUUUAACUGGAAAUGUGUGAUUUUUUUGUAGACUAUUACUGUUAAGUAAAGUACGAUUAUUUAUGUAUAAAUAUGUAUGUAUUUUUGUUACAUCAUCGGUCAAAACCGAAAUUACAUUAUGUUAUCUCAUUAUUGUAUAUUUAUGUAUCAAUAAGACUUGAGCCGGACCUUACCUCAACUGAUGCAAAAAACUGAUCUGUAACCGAUUUCGUCCGGCACACUACGAUAUCACCUUAAUAAAAAGUAACGAUAUAUUUUCAUAUUACCAAGCAUGUAUCCUCUUAACUAUGUAUUAAAUAAAUAUUUGCAUCGUUUUUCAA